AUAACCCAACUUGGCUAACCGACUCCUCCAGGGCUUUUCACUUUUGUUUCUCGUCAAGUAAGAUCGGCAACCGCUGCGAAAAGGUACUUCUAUUUUAAUCAUUUUAGGGUUUUCCAGGUUAUGCACCCCUGCGCCUUUGCAUUUUAAUUUUCAUUUUCAUCUAUGUCUCGAUUCGUCUCCUUUUUAGGGUUUCUUUCAUUGUUGGAAAUCAUUAGCUUUUCUUAGGGUCGACUUAAGCAAUGUUCAAGAAUACAUUCCAAUCGGGGUUUCUAUCCAUUUUAUAUAGCCUUGGGAGCAAGCCUUUACAGAUAUGGGAUAAAGAAGUUUCCAAUGGCCAUGUCAAGCGUCUGAUGGAUGAGGAUAUUCAGUCAAAUGCCCUUGAGAUUGUUGGUUCCAACAUCCAAUCGACAUAUAUCACAUGCCCUGCAGAUCCAGCUGCAACGCUUGGUAUAAAGCUUCCAUUUUUGGUUUUGAUUGUGAAGAAUCUAAAGAAGUACUUCACCUUUGAAAUUCAAAUCUUGGAUGAUAAGAACGUGAGGCGUCGGUUUCGUGCUUCUAAUUAUCAAACAAUGACUCGAGUGAAGCCAUACAUAUGUACAAUGCCUCUGAAGAUGGAUGAAGGAUGGAAUCAAAUUCAGUUGAAUCUUGCUGAUUUUACCAAACGAGCAUAUGGAACCAAUUAUGUAGAGACAUUACGAGUUCAAGUUCAUGCAAACUGUCGUCUGAGACGGAUUUAUUUCUCAGACCGCCUGUAUUCGGAGGAAGAACUACCUUCUGAAUUUAAGUUGUAUCUCCCUAUGCAGGCAAGUUGAUUUAGUAUUUUCCAUAAUUGUAUUUUCACGACUUUCCUGGCAUUAUGAACUAAAUAUUCUUGAGAUUUGCAGAAACUAUAGUUCAAAUGGCGGAGUCGAAGCCCUGUGAUUGAGACCGGACCUCUUUGGAUGUUUGUAGGUUACAAAAUUCGACAUUACUUUAGGCUGUUUAUCAAUGUUUAGUUCAUAUGUUAAAGUUUGAAUAGCUUCUACUUGGGUAAUAGAGAAAAUCUACAAGACUACAAAUAUACUUUGUGCUGUAUCUGAUUGAGAGCAACGAAAUUUAGUUACUGUUUAGGAUUCACACUAUAUUUUUCUUUUGGAAUGGAGUCAAAAUAUUUUUUUCUUU